GCCUGCAUUUUGCUCCAGGCUUACUGGAAUUCAUGAUAGAUCUUUGAAGUCAAAGUGGACUGAUGUCAAAUACUUUUCAUCUUCAGUUCUUGAGUGCAGAACUGGAUUGUGUGGCAGGGAGACGGUUCUAAGAUUGACACACAAUUCUUGUAGUUUUAAUUGGAAAAUGAAAAUGCAACUCAGCAAGCAAGGACUGGAUCCUCAGAAUUUCAGCUUCUGGCCAGCAGUGUUAGCUAAGCUCUUGCAUUUUGCUUCAGUACUAGACCUAGCAACCGGAGGUUGGUUGCUUCUUGGACGACCAGGAAAUUAGUUGGAUACCAGAGAGAUAAAGUAUCCAGAUGUUGAUCUCGUCAUUUGGGUCAAAGGCAUAAUCCACAUCACAAAAGGGAAAUAGAAGGAUUGGUUGGUGCAAUGGUGCUGGCUGAAGAAGACAACCAUGGUUUAUAGACUAUAGACUAUUUAGCUAUCUAAGAAUUCUCUCAAGUCUUAACCACCUUCAAUGCUCUUCAUGUGUCUGUGAGAGAUACUGACAGACAUUGUUGAUGGGGCUGGGAGAGGAGGAUGCAGCAUGUUGUGUUUGGGAGUCAAACUGUUAAAGCGUGUUCCGUCAAGAAUUUUUCUCUUAGGUGUUCUGGUCAUGGUUGCUACUACAGAACUGAGACCUUGAUCUCAAUGCCAAGAGAUUAAGCAGCCUUGCUGUAUUAGUUAUCAACAAGCCUAAAGAAGCUGAUAGAAAAUUCUUCAAGUGAAGUCCUUGGGAUGCCUGCUUUAUCUCCUACAAUGACCCAAGGUAAUAUUGCUAAAUGGAGGAAGAAAGAAGGAGAAAAGAUAGAAGUGGGGGAUGUACUAUGUGAAAUUGAAACUGACAAAGCUACACUAGAAUUUGAAAGUCUUGAAGAGGGAUUUUUGGCUAAGAUAUUGGUACCUGAAGGUUCAAAGGACGUGCCUGUUGGACAACCAAUUGCAAUAACAGUUGAGGAUGAAAAUGACAUCCAAAAUGUUCCUGCUUCCGUGGGGGGUGAGACUGGGGUUGAAGAGAAGAAACCAACACUUGGGGAUGUCUCAGAUGAGAGGAAAUCAGAAUCAACUUCUAGUAUAGUUAAUGCAUCAGAACUUCCACCUCAUCUCCUUCUUGAAAUGCCAGCUUUGUCACCGACAAUGAACCAAGGAAACAUUGCUAAAUGGAGGAAACAAGAGGGAGACAAGAUUGAAGUGGGUGAUAUAUUAUGUGAGAUAGAGACAGACAAAGCUACACUUGAAUUUGAGAGUCUUGAAGAGGGGUACCUGGCUAAGAUACUUGCUCCAGAAGGUUCAAAAGAAGUGGCAGUUGGACACCCUAUUGCAAUAACAGUUGAAGAUGCAAGUGAUAUUGAAGCUAUAAAGAAUUCUGUUAGCAGCUCAACAAACCAACAGAAGGCCCCCCAACAUGGCACUAAAAGCGAGGUCAAAGCUCAGAAAAACAAUAUAACACGUAUUAGUCCAGCUGCAAAGUUGCUAAUUGCAGAGUAUGGGUUGGAUGCUCCAACAUUAAAUGCAACUGGUUCUUACGGCACCCUACUGAAAGGGGAUGUUCUAUCUGCAAUUAAGUCAGGAAAAUUGUCUCCAAAACCUGCUUCAUCUAAAGAAAAGGCAUUGUCAUCUCAAAGUCAUCAACAAGUUGCAGCUUCCCAAGAGUCAAAAUCUGACUUAAAAAGGUCAGAUGCUUAUGAAGAUUUUCCUAAUAGUCAAAUUCGCAAGGUGAUCGCCAAGAGAUUAUUGGACUCAAAACAAAAUACACCACACUUAUAUUUAUCAUCAGAUGUCAUACUGGAUCCUCUUCUUUCCCUUCGAAAGGGUCUUAAAGAGCAGUAUGAUGUUAAAGUUUCUGUGAAUGACAUUAUUAUCAAAGUUGUAGCUGCUGCUCUCAGAAAUGUACCAGAAGCAAAUGCAUACUGGAAUGUUGAGAAGGAUGAGGUGAUUUUAAAUGAUUCUAUUGACAUAUCCAUAGCAGUUGCCACUGAGAAGGGCUUGAUGACUCCAAUAAUAAAAAAUGCUGAUCAGAAGACAAUAUCUGCUAUCUCCUCAGAGGUCAAGGAACUAGCUGCAAAGGCACGUGCUGGCAAAUUGAAGCCACAUGAAUUCCAAGGGGGAACUUUUAGCAUUUCAAACUUAGGAAUGUUUCCUGUGGAUAAAUUUUGUGCUAUUAUAAACCCCCCUCAGGCUUGCAUUCUUGCUGUAGGGAGAGGCAACAAAGUUGUGGAACCAGUAAUUGGAACUGAUGGAAUUGAGAAGCCAUCAAUUGCCACUAAGUUGAGCUUAACAUUGUCUGCUGAUCAUCGUGUUUUUGAUGGCAAAGUUGGAGGUGCAUUUCUCUCUGCAUUGCAAUCAAACUUCAGUGAUAUAAGACGACUUCUUUUAUAAUGACGCAACACAAAUUUUCAUGUUACUUGAUUGGAUUUCUCACGACCAAUCAUGUGGAUCCACCACAACCUGGAUCAAACUUGCAUAGCAUCCCCAUUUUUGUCCUUUUCACUUUCAUCUCAUCAUCUGAAACAGUUUUCGACUGGUUUGACUCAUUAGUUUUUGUAUAAUAAUAUCUUGGGUCUAAUUACUAAAUACCCUGAGAAAAUACCCACCAAGGUACCAUCUAACAUUAGGUUUUCAACAAUCGAGAUUCAAGCACAUUGGAAAUUUUGUUCAUUAGGCACUUUGCUGUUCUUUGAUGUGUAGUUUUGUAUUAAGAGCUUUGUAUAGACUGCCAUUCAAAUACCUACAUUUGGGUGAAUAAAUAUUCUUUUCAUGUGCAGCAUAUCUGUCAUCCGAUUUAAGUGAUGGCAUGAUUUGGCACAAUGGUACUCUUGGUUCAAUGUUCAUCUAUAAGUCUGGUCUGGCACUUUCUCCCCAGCAUUUUA